GCAAGUUUCAUGAGGGGCUCAAGGGCCUGGGCUCGUGGACGGAGGUCUUCCAGAGCUUCGGGCGAGGUCAGCGCAUGGAGCCUGAGGCGUUGCAGAAGAUGACGCAGACUUCUGGCAACAUGGGCGAGGAUGCUGUAAAUGGCACGGCUCUCCCCGCAGCACCUGGAGUGGCAGACGACUUGCAGAAGGAGCUCAACAAUCCAAAUGUCAGGGGCCGAGUGCAAGACAUCGCCUCAGACCCGGAGAAGCUUGCGAAGGUCAUCCAUGCAAGCCCUCUAAUGCAGCAGCUGGCUGCCAUGAAUCCGGUGGCCGCGCAAGUCAUCAACAGCCCGGAUGCCUUGCAGAAGAUGUUCAGCAAAGAGAUGCUGGAUUUGCUGCAAGAGGGCCAGAAGCCGGGCGAUGCUAUGCUUGAGUCCAUCCUCCAAGCAUCGCAGGCCCACAAGUCGGACCCCGAGGUAAUCUGCAAGAUCCAACAGGGGCUGAAGGGCCUUGGCUCGUGGACGGAGGUCUUCCGAAGCUUUGGCCGAGGUGAGCGCAUGGAGUCUGAGGCGUUGCAGAAGAUGACGAAGACUACAGGCAAUUUGGGCGAGGACGCGGUCAAUGGCACUGCCCUUCCCGCGAGCUCACCUGGGGUGGCAGAGGACUUGCAGAAGGAGCUGAGCAAUCCAAGUGUCAGGGGGCGAGUGCAAGACGUCGCCUCAGACCCGGAGAAGCUGGCCCAGGUCAUCCAUGCAAGCCCGCUGGUCCAGCAGCUGGCUGAUAUGAAUCCGGUGGCCGCGCAAGUCAUCAACAGCCCAGAUGCCUUGCAGAAGAUGUUCAGCAAAGAGAUGCUGGAUUUGCUGCAAGAGGGCCAGAAGCCGGGCGAUGCUAUGCUUGAGUCCAUCCUCCAAGCAUCGCAGGCCCACAAGUCGGACCCCGAGGUAAUCUGA